AUGGCGGCCCGCGCGCCCCCCGCCGCACCUGCGGCCGACGAGCCGGGGGGCCCAGGCGGCCCCCCGCGCAGGAAGAAGUCCCGCUCCGGCGCGUCCGGCCUCCGCCGCGCCUUCAGCUGGCUGCGGGGCAAGCGGCGCAAGAAGAAGGCGGCGGGGACCGAGGGAGCCGAAUCGGCCGCCCCCCGGGCCAAGAAGGCGGACGACAAGGCCAGGAGGGCCAAGGGUAAAGGCCGAGGCUCUGCCAAGGCUGAGAGUGACAAACGUCUAAGUGUAGGGCCUGGCCAGGGUCCAGGGUCUGUAGUGGAUGAGCACCAGGACAAUGUCUUCUUCCCCAGCGGGCGGCCACCUCACCUGGAAGAGCUGCACACACAGGCCCAGGAGGGGCUCCGUUCCCUACAGCACCAAGAAAAACAGAAACUGAAUAAGGGUGGCUGGGACCAUGGAGACACCCAGAGCAUCCAGUCUUCCCGAAUGGGGCCGGAUGAAGAUAGCAUCUCCUUCUGCAGCCAGACCACAUCCUACACGGCUGAGAGCUCCACAGCAGAGGAUGCUCUCUCUAUCCGCUCAGAGAUGAUCCAGCGCAAAGGCUCUACCUUCCGACCCCAUGACUCAUUUUCCAAAUCAUCUGGGAAGUCAGGGCGGCGGCGCCGCGAGAGGCGGAGCACGGUGCUGGGACUGCCGCAGCACGUGCAGAAGGAGCUCGGCCUGCGGCACGAGCGUGAGGCACCAGGUACCCCUCGGCCCCCUGGUCCUCGGGAUGCGGUGCGCAUCCCCACGGUGGACGGCCGCCCAGCGGGCCCGGCCUCGGGGACCGGCGCCCGGGUGUCCCUGCAGGCGCUGGAGGCGCAGGCCGAGGCUGGUGCCGAGGCGGAGGCCAUGCUGCAGCGCCACAUUGACCGUAUCUACCGGGAUGACACCCUUGUUGGGCGGUCCACGGGGCCCCGGCCCCCACCGGUGACCCGGCCCAUGUCCUUAGCGGUGCCCGGCCUGACAGGAGGAGCAGGGCCUCCAGAGCCCCUGAGCCCGGCCAUGUCCAUCUCGCCCCAGGCCACCUACUUGUCGAAACUGAUCCCGCACGCUGUGCUCCCUCCCACCGUGGACGUGGUGGCCCUGGGCCGCUGCAGCCUACGCACCCUGAGCCGCUGCAGCCUGCUCUCAGCCAGCCCAGCCUCUGUCCGCUCGCUGGGCCGCUUCUCCUCGGCCUCCAGUCCGCGGCCCCGCAGCCGCCAGCCUUCCUCCUCCAGUGACACCUGGAGCCACUCUCAGUCCUCAGAGACGAUCGUGUCUGAUGGCUCCACCCUCUCCUCCAAGGGUGGCUCUGAGGGUCGGCCCGAGAGCUCUGUGGCUAGCCAUAGUGUGGCACCCCUUCCCCAGGGGGGCAGCGGGAGGGGCUCUCCCAGCGGGGGCAGCACGGCCGAGGCCUCGGACACCGUCAGCAUUCGGAGCAGCGGGCAGUUGUCGGGCCGGAGCGUGUCCCUGCGGAAGCUGAAGCGGCCCCCCCCGCCUCCCCGCCGGACCUACUCACUCCAUCAGCGGGGCUCGGCAGCCCCUGACGGGCCCUUGGGGUUGCCGCCCAAGCCUGAGCGGAAGCAGCCGCCGCAGCUGCCCCGGCCGCCCACCACUGGUGGGUCAGAAGGGAUGGGGGCAGCCCCCUGUCCCUCCAGCUCAGCAGGCACCUGGGUGCCUGGCUUGUCUCCAGGGGGCUCCCGGCGUCCCCCACGCUCCCCAGAACGGACGCUCUCACCCUCCAGUGGGUACUCGAGCCAAAGUGGUACCCCUACCCUCCCUCCCAAGGGUCUCACAGGGGCCCCUGCUUCCCCGGGCAAGGCCCAACCCCUUAAACCAGAGCGUGUCACUUCCCUUCGGUCUCCUGGGGCCUCUGUCUCCUCUUCCCUCACGUCUCUCUGCUCCUCAUCCUCUGACCCAGCCCCCUCAGACCGUUCCGGUACACAGAUGUCGACCACCGUGGGUGACAGGUUUGCCAUACCUCCUCACCCCAAGGUGCCUGCCCCCUUCUCCCCACCCCCUUCCAAGUCCAAGAGUCCUAACCAAGCGGCCCCUGCUCCGGUUACUCCUGCUGUGGUCCCCGGGCCCGUCUCUACCACUGAUGUGAGUCCUGAGCCCCUGCCAGCUCCGCAGACAUCCCUGAUCCCACCGCAGGAGUCUCCCAUUGCCUCCAAAGACAAGUCACCCCCACCGUCCCCACCCCCAUCUUAUCAUCCUCCCCCCCCACCCACUAAGAAGCCAGAGGUGGUUGAGGCCCCGUCUGCCCCAGAGACUGCUGAGGAGCCCCUGCAAGACCCCAGCUGGCCCCCACCGCCGCCUCCUGCACCUGAGGAGCACGACCUGUCCAUGGCUGACUUUCCCCCACCUGAGGAGGCCUUUUUCUCUGUGGCUGGCGCUGAGCCUGCGGGCCCUCCAGCCGCCCCAGAGCCUGUCAGAUCCCUGGCUGCUUCGUCCUUCCCGGUUACCGUCUCUUCCCAGAGCCAGCUCCUCAGUUCCCCAGAGCCGCCUCCAGCUCCACCAGGCCCACCUUCGGCUGCUGUCCCCGGGCUUCUGGCCAAGGUCCCUCGGAAGGAACCAGUGGGCUGCAGCAAAGGCAGUGCGGCCCCCAGGGAGGAUGCUGGUGCACCCCUGGUCACCCCCUCGCUCCUGCAGAUGGUGCGGCUGCGCUCUGUGGGCGCUCCUGCGGUAGCUGCAACCCCGGCACCCGGGCCAUCCGCCCCCCAGAAGCCGCUACGGAGGGCCCUGUCAGGGCGGGCCAGCCCAGCGCCCGCCCCCUCCUCAGGGCUCCAUGCUGCUGUGCGACUCAAGGCCUCCAGUCUGGCUGCCAGCAAGGACCCUGAGAGUGCCCAGCCCAAUGGACCACCUGAGGCGGAGCCACGGUCUCCCCAGUCCCCUGCCUCUAUGGCUAGCUUCAUCUUCUCCAAGGGCACCAAGAAGCUGCAGCUGGAGCGGCCGGUGUCCCCUGAGGCCCAGGCUGACCUCCAGCGGAAUCUGGUGGCUGAACUUCGGAACAUCUCGGAGCAGCGGCCAUCCCCAGCCCCAAAGAAGCCACCUAAAGCUCCCCCACCCGUGGCCCGCAAGCCCCCGGUGGGGGUCCCGCCAUCCACCUCCCCCACCUUUCCUCGGGCCGAGUCCCUUCCUGCUCCUCCCACCGACGGGCUCCUUCGUGCUGAGGACAGGACUAAGGGGGAGCUGGUGGAGAACGGAAGCGUCGUGCAGCUGGUGGGCCCCGAGGAGCAGAAGCUGGGCCCGCCUGGCUCAGACCCACAGAAAGAGCUGGUCUGACCACCAGGCACCUCGCUGGCACUGCUGACCCAUCCCAGGAACACAAUCUCAGGGACCUGAGCAGCUCCAAGGACGAGAGGAUACGGCAGACCUAGUAGAGAGGACGCCUGCAGCCUUAACCUUCACAGCCUUCGAUAUUUAUGCAAGCCUGGUGGUGAUCCUGCCCUCCAAGUCAUCCAGCUCAUGCCUCUUCCCCCUGAAUGGAUUUCCCUGGGGCCGCUUGUCUUGGCCUUGGCCUCAUGUUGAAGGAGGAGGCUGGUGGGAGCGGGUGGCUGCGCCCCCUGCUGGCCUCGAGGCCGCACAGUUGGGAGCAGAGCAUCUCAUUUGAGUUUCUUUGCUUCCCCCUCCACAUGUCCAAAUCAUGCGCAUACGGUCCGGAAUCAAUGCACUUUUGAAAGGCAGCUGCAUGUCCAUCCUCCAGGGCCCACGAAGCCACAUUCCAAGGGCCUGUUUACAUGGCGGCAGCAUCAGUCCCCAUUUAGCCAGCCCAUAGGUGGGACCAAUCUGUCCCCUCCCUCUGAUCCGGUUUGCCCAUUUCUUAGUUCUUGGAGGUGGGCGAGUCACUGCAUUCCCACAGGCUUCUCCAGGCUGGAGGCAGGAGUGGGGCUGUGGGAUUCCAAAGCACAAAGGGUGCAGCAAGGGUUAGCUCUCCUGUGCCUCAACUUAGCACCAACCACCCUCCUUGCCUUCUAGUUCUGCCAGGUGCUCCAUGCC